AUGGAUGAGCUAAGCGUGGUAACUCACAGCCUGCUUAAUGACAGUCUGAUUCGGCCUGAGCUCCAGGCGUCUGUCUCGAAUCAGGCCUUGGAUUCUUCGGGUGGCUUAAUUAAUAAGGCUGCUGCCGGCCCGGUCUGUGCCGUCAAUUAUGAAGGCAGCAAAGGCAGAAACACUUUCCAUUCGGGCUUGAGGCAGUUGGGAUUGCAGCAAUCUAAGCAGCCGCAUCCUCAGUCUGCGCAACCACUGAGGCUUAUUCCGUUGUAUGGCCGGGUUGCCCAGCCGCAGGCCUCGAGUCACUUCAAUCAGCAAGGCAGCCAUCACAAUCAUCCUCAUCUUCCGCUUCGCCAGCAACAGAUGAAUACACUUAUCUCCUCUUGCUCCUCACCCCCGCCCGGCCUGGCCACUUGCCCUGUCGAUCUAGGCCCUGAUCACGGCAGACUCUUCCCGUCGCCCGGCCUACUGGCCACCAUCACGACCGCCGACUAUGCCAGAAUGGGAAGUAGUGCCCACACUCCCGGCAUCACCUCGACUCCCGCCGGGCCUGCUGGACUCCUGCUACCGGCAACGCCGGGCCUGUCGUACGGCCUGACGACUGCCGUUGCAGCCGGGACGACGACGACGACGAGUGCCGCGGCGGCGGCGGCGAUCGCGGCAGCAGCAGCGGCAGCAGCCGCCCAGCAGCAGCAACAGCAGCAGCAGCAGCAACAACAACAACAGCAACAACAACAACAACACUUGCUUUCUCUCUACGCGGCAAGUCUCGGCAGACAACUUGUCCAGACGCCACCCAAUUUCAGCCUGCCGACCAGCGCAGCGACCGCUACUGGCACUUGCUCCUCCUCCUCCUCCUCAUCCUCAAUUGUACCCAGCCUCCUCUCGCAAGGAAGCUGUGGAGAAGGAGGCGGGGGUCUAGGCAGCAACCCGUCAGGACUGGGUUCGUCUGCAUUGGCCGCUAAGGGACUGGCCGCUGUUGGCGUAACAAACGAAGCUGCUGGGCUAGCAGCCUGCCUGCAAGCCGAGAUGACUGGACCCUUCUUCAAUCAGUUCGCAUCAAAUCACCAAAAUCUUGCUGGCCUGGGCAAUCUAACUUCGCUUCAGUAUCCCACAGCAACACCCCAUCCCAGUGUUGCGGCAGCAAACUUUUCCCCCACUGAGGCCUAUUCUCGUCUUCUGAGUGCGGUCUGCUCGGCGUCAGGUGACCAGCUCAGGAACUCGCUUGGUCAAAGCGACCUCCUGACUACUACUGCGGGUAUCGCGGCCACGCCACUGGGCCAAAUGGAUCAGAGGCACCAACAACAGCACCAAAUCAGGAAAUACGCCGUGCCUUCAGGGCAACAGCAUUCGGCAGGUCUCACUGCAGUAAUGGCAGCUGGGUCUCUAGGGAAAAAUGGAUGCAACACUGAUGCAAUUACCAAGACUAGCAAGGCU